AGGAGGGCUACAUUCGCGCUUACUCUGUGACGCUGCUCAGCCUCAGCCUGCCCUACUCGCCGCCGCCACUUCCUAGGGCCCGCAUGGCGACAAUGACCGCUGCUGCCUACGGUGCCCAGUAUGGAACGAGCCCCUCGACAAGCUAUGGCGCCCCACAAGACGAGAAGCAGCACCCGGGCGAGGACCAGCAGGAUGAACUGACUACAUUCUGGUGUCGUGCUCUCUAUGACUACCAGAAGUCCGACGCCUCGUCCCUUUCGUUCCAGAAGAACGACAUCAUCGAAGUACUCAGCAAACUGGAGUCCGGAUGGUGGGACGGCCUGCUAGGCGAGGAGCGGGGUUGGUUCCCUUCAAAUUAUGUGACGGUUAUCUCGGAGGAGGAGGCAGAGAUGGCCCUCAAUGGGACUGAUAUGUCUGCAUCCCAAGCACCAUCUCUCGCCGACGACUCCAUGGUGGACAUGGCCCACAGCAUGUCUAGGAGUCUGUCGCAGGACGACGAAUGGCUCAAUGCUGAGAUGGACUUUCCCAACCACGUCCAGAACCCACCGCCUCAGAGGAACGGCUCGAACGGGAGACCAACGCAGCAUAACGACUUUUGGGUACCGCAAGUGUCACAGGAUGGCAGAAUAUUCUACGUGAACACACAAACAGGUCAACAGUCGAGAGAUCUUCCUCAGGAGGUAGAGUACGACCCUGACGCGGAAGUAGCUGCAUUGGGUCCCCCAACCUCCUCCCGAGCAGGAUCGAGCGCUGGACUUGGAUUGGCUUCGGCAAACGGACCAGACCACGAAUAUGGGGUCGCUGCUGGGUUCGGUGUCCCGAGGCGUUCGCGUACACCUGAGCCGUGGAUGAGACGGCUAGCCGACGAUGGUCUCUCGUACUACUACGUGAACAAGCUGACUGGAGAGGUUUCCUGGUCGCCUCCAGAGGCUAAUCCUGUACGAGAGCUGCCAAGGACGCAGGGACCGUCAGGAGAGGGAAGCUUUGGAAGCCGCGAGGCAGCGCCGUCCAUGGGACGUCUGCGCUCUGGUUCAUCAGCGUCGGCAACCAGGGAUCGUAGUGAUAGCCUUUCCGAUCGGCUCAGCAUCACCUCCGAGGAUUCGGACGUGUUCCCCACUCGACGAGAUCGCUCUGGGUCGGCACUGAGGGAUGCAGGCGCUAAUGGCGUACGCCAGCCUCAGGCCAAGCAAAUCUCCUUGGCACCUCCGGAACACCUGGCGAAGAGGUUACACCAAGCACUUGCUCCGCCACCCCCGGAGUCCCCUAUGGACCUGUCGAAUCAGGUCCAGGAGGCAAUUGCAGCCAUUGUGGAGCAUCUACAGGCAGUCACACCUCGUCAUCUUGAACAAUUUGAGGAGGUAGACCAACGUGUAUUGGAGGUCGUAUCAACGGUGCGGAAUUUGCUGUACGUGACAGCUACCCCAUCCGGUCACAUUCCGAGCAACCUCUAUCCUCGGGACGGCCAGGACAUCAGACCGUCAUCUACCGCACAGUCUCUCCAGGCCCAUCUCAAAGCAGCACAGCGAAAGGUGGCCGGUACUCUUUCCAAACUCGUGUUGUCGGCCCUGGCCAUGCAAUAUGAUCCCGGUCUGCGGAACGGUGAUAAACCAAACCGCUUGGAAUCCGAUAUCGCGGAGCUCGAACGUGCUGUAAUGGCUUUCGUCGCAGAUAUGCAUCAUUUCCAGGAGCAGAACGCACAGGGGCAGCCGCUCCCCACAAAGCGUUUGUACGGCGUGUUUAGCACGGCGAACGUCGGUUUGGGCUUACCGGGGGCUGGCGUCGGUGGGACAUGGAAGGGCCUUGGAUACGUCGCCAUGGAUGCCACGGGGCAACCACCUAUGCAGAUCCUAUCUGCUAACCAGGUCUCCGACAUGAAGGUUGCGGUCAGGAAGCUUACGGAUGCGAUGGGUGCGGUGAUGGUGCUUCUGAAGCGCCCAGAUUUGCCCACAGAGCACAUACGCGCAGAGUCUCAGAACGCGAUUGGGCAGCUGCACUUCACGCUCGAGUUGGUGAACAACAUUGACAUUGCACGUCAUGUCGAUGUCGACGGUGUCAGCGUCUCUUCUGGGCAGUAUUCGCCGCGUGGACCCUAUGCGCAGAUGGUGGAGAACGCCCGGUUGCUCAUGCGAACCCUAGAGGCUUCCGUGCAGUCGCUCUACGAUGACGGCUCCACUCUGCUCAUCGCCGUCCAGGCGCUCGGCCAGACCUACUCGAGAGAGGACGACUAUGCCAUUCGGGAUUAUAUCGAUGCGCUAUUGGUUGCCAUCCUCGCCAACGCCAACGUGUCCGUCCAGAGCUUGGAGUCUCUGCUCGUCGUGGGCUAUGACCAGGCGAACUCGAGCCAGCAUGACUAUCGAAGCUCGAUUGACUGGCGGCUGUCCCGCCCGCCGGAUGUGUUGGACCCGGAGGCGCCUGUCGACUUCGAGGCUGCAUUAAUUCGACCGCCUCCCAGAGCCUUGCCUUCCGAACCGACUAUGAGUUCGAUGAGUUCGUUCGACAUGGGCGGGCGAAUGCGCUCGGAAAGCUCUGCAGACGUGCCCACCUCGACAUGGUCCAGCCAACAGUCCGUCUCGGUGACUGAUGAGACGCUCGUCGCACCGUCACCUGAGCCUGAGGAGAUCGAGGAGUAUGAAGUUGAAGCUCUGCAACUGCCCAAGUCGCCGCCUCGAGGAAAGCCUGGUGCAUCCAAGAUCAAGAAGUUUUUCGGAGAUGAUGCACCGUCACAUAUCAUUGAGAAGAUCAAUGCUGACUCGAAGCCAUGGUAUUUGCGGCCGAACUACGACCCUUCGGAGAUCAUGAUGGAGCCAGACGGCUCCGUUAGGGCUGGCAGUCCUGCCGCACUGGUGGAGCGUUUGACUGCACACGAGCAAGGAGACACGACGUUCAAUCAGAACUUCCUUCUGACCUUCAAGUCGUUCAUGACUGUCGAUGACCUCUUCCAGCUCCUUGUGAGGCGAUUCUACAUUCAGGCGCCUCCAAACCUCUCUCCUGCCGAGUUUGAAGAAUGGUCUAAGCUUAAGCAGAGCAUUAUCCGGUUGCGCGUUCUGAACAUCUUCAAAACGAUGGUCACAGAUGACGGCAUUCUCGAGAAGAGUGACCUGUACAUCUUGGGUCGCAUGAAGGAGUUCGCAUCGAACGAGGACGUCGUUAACGUCGCCGCGGCCAAGCAAUUGCUUAUUCUGAUUGAGCGAAGUCAAAAGGGAGGCGACGCACCGAUCAAGAUUACCGCGGUUCCCAUCGCUCCGCCUGCGCCAUUGUAUCCCCGCAAUUCACGGAAGAUCAAGUUGCUUGAUAUCGACCCUAUUGAGAUUGCACGUCAGCUCACCCUCAUGGAAUUUGCGAUGUACAAGAAGAUUAGGCCUAUGGAGUGUUUGCUGCGGUCAAAGGAAUCCAAACCGGGCAAACACAAUGACAACUUCUCGCAGAUCAUCCAGCUCAGCAACCGGAUUGCAAACUGGGUGGCAGAAUCUGUGCUGGAGAGGGAAGACUCGAAGAAGCGGGCCUUGAUUGUGAAACAUUACAUUACGGUUGCUGACCGUUGUCGUACUCUUCAAAAUUACUCGACGAUGACCGCUAUCGUUUCCGGUUUGGCUACCCCACCAAUUCGGCGGCUGAAGAGAACGUGGGAGCAGGUGAACGCGCGUGCCAUGGGGCAGUUGCGCGACUGCGAAUCUACCAUUGACACGGCGAAGAACUUCACCAAUUACCGCCAGACAUUAGCGCGAAUCACGCCGCCUUGUGUUCCCUUCAUCGGUGUCUACCUCACAACACUGACAUUCAUCAACGACGGGGCUGGCGACAAGCUUGGUGACAACAUGAUCAACUUUCGUAAGCGACAGAAAGCGGCGGAAGUCAUCCAGGAUAUCAAGCGGUGGCAAUCCAAGCCGUACAACUUCCAGACCGUCGCAUCUAUUCUGGCCUAUCUCGAGGAAUGCUUCAACAAGUACGCCGACGGUUUCGACUAUGCUGAUCAGUUCUGGAAUCAAAGUCUCGAGCGCGAACCUCGGGAGCGAGAGGAUGAGAAGAUGGCUAGGCUGCUGCAGGAAAGUGGCUUCCUUUAGCUGUGGCCUUGGUGCUACUGGACAUUUGGUGCUCUUGGUUGGUUUGUGCGCAUUACUCUGUAACAUUAUACUUUUCUUACUUGACUUAUUCCUGCUGUAUGAUAGUUAUACCUGCUGUGGAUUUAUGGAAAGCAUUGGAUUUAUGUACUGUACUUCAUCUCACACCAUAAUGCUUAGAUCCACAUUGCUACAGUAACC